UGACAGUUGUGCCAGCACUGAUGAGUUUUUCGCUAGCCCCUUUCGUUUGAUACGGUGCUAGUUUGUUGGCUGCGUGUCUCAUUUUAUCGGUGAAUAAUUCCUGUUUUUCUCGGUGAAAAAGCUCUCAUCGCGAUUGCAAAAAUGUACUCCAACGAAAAUUACGCCGAAGAGGGCUACGAGGACUAUGGAUAUGAUGCCGGAAUGAUCGACGACGGAUACGAUCGAUCCUACUACCCGAUGCACGAGGAUGUGAAGAAGUUCUUGGUGUACUUCUCUAGCGUAAUCAAGAACGGCGUUGUCUAUGAAAUACAGAACCUGUAUGAGAACACUUUCCCCAAGCUGAGUGAACAACAUUUUGAGAAGAAAGCUUGGCCAAGCGAGGAAGAGGUGGCGCACCUGGUCGAUAAUGACAGCUUGUUUAUGAUUCUGUACAAGGAGCUGUAUUAUCGCCAUCUGCAUGCGAGGAUUCAGAAGGGACCAUCGCUGGAACAACGACUCAAUUCGUUCUACAACUAUUGCAACUUCUUCAACCAUAUCCUUCCUUCAAAGGAACCGGUCCAGCUGGAAUUGCCCGACAUUUGGCUGUGGGAAUUGAUUGACGAGUUUGUCUAUCAGUUCCAGAACUUUGCUCAAUACCGCGCCAGGCUGUCCGACAAAUCGGAAGAAGAGAUGGACAUGUUGCUGAACAACAACAGCAAGGUUUGGAACAUUUUGUGCAUUUUGAACGUUCUCCACUCGCUGGUGUCUAUGUCUAAGAUCAAGGAUCAACUGGAGGCGGCUGCUGCUGGGCGUGAUCCGGAAGAAGUGGCCGGUGAAUUUGGACGUCAUUCGUUCUACAAGAUGUUGGGAUACUUCAGUUUGGUUGGACUCUUGCGCGUGCAUUCGUUGCUGGGCGAUUACCAUCAGGCCAUUAAGGUUCUGGAGCCGAUCGAGAUCCACAAGAAGAGCCAAUACUCGCAUAUUCCAGCUUGUCAGAUUUCGACCUCUUACUAUGUUGGAUUUGCGUACAUGAUGAUGAGACGUUACUCGGAUGCCAUCCGCACAUUCUCGUCCAUCUUGCUGUACAUCCAACGUACCAAACAGCUGUACAGCGCUCGUUCCUAUCAGAACGACCAGAUCAAUAAGCAAACCGAUCAAAUGUAUCACCUGCUUGCAAUUUGCUUGGUAUUGCACCCACAGUGCAUUGACGAAUCGAUCCAGCAAGUCCUUCGGGAGAAAAACUACCACGACAACAUGUACAAGAUGCAGUGUGGUGAUUUGGAGACUUUCCGCAACUUCUUCGUCUUUGCCUGCCCGAAAUUCGUAUCACCGGUACCGCCACCAUCCGACGCACCAAUUGAUGAUUACGUGAAGGAAGCUCUGGAACAUCAAACCAAUGUUUUCAUGGAUGAAGUUCGCCAGCAACAGGAGUUGCCAACGAUUCGUUCUUAUUUGAAGCUUUACACGACUCUUCCACUGCUGAAGCUUGCCUCGUUUAUGGACCACAUUCCCCAGGACGAAAUCGGAGAACAGAAGAUCGAAAACCUCCUCACCCAUCUGUUGUGCUUCAAGCACAAAAUGAAGAACAUCGUUUGGACCAAGGGUGCCAGCGGUUUGGAAGGCAAAUUCCAGUCCGGAUCUGAGCUGGACUUCUACAUCGACAAGGACAUGAUCCACAUUGCUGACACGAAGGUAUCGCACCGCUAUGGAGACUUCUUUAUCCGUAAGAUUAUGAAAUUCGAAGAUUUGAACCGUCGUCUGCACAACUUGAAGUGAAGUGAAUUUGAUUGCAGUAAUAACGAUAAGAGGACAAUUUAGAAAACAACCUUUUAAGAGUAUCCCGAACUUAAUUUAGUUCGAUUGGAGGUGUUUGCGCAUUGAUUAAUUCAUCUAUUAGAUAUUUGUAAUCGAUACCUACUACCAACUAAAGAAAAGUAAAAUAAAGAUAGGUUUCCUCCGGGA